AUGGAAACCAAACCAGUCGACGUCGAUGUUCAUGUAUCGGGUUGGUCUCAUCCCUUGUUAAAGUUCUUAAGCGAAGUAAUAAUCAGUCGAGACAGAAAAGUCGAGGAACUUAUCAUAGACAAGAACGAUGACAGUGUAACGAGUUUCAGAUCUUACCCAGACGAUUCUUCUCCUUCCGACCCACUCAUCUAUCUCAAGUUCGAAACCUUCGAACCAAACUACAUCUAUCAACUUGUUCUCAGCGAACUCCACGAUCGUCUCAUGUCCAAACAAAUAUCCGAUCAGAUUCUUGUUAAAGCCCAACAACUCAGAAGUCAAUGUUCUGACUUGACACCACAACAACCCUUAUUCAUUACAGUCUAUAUCACAUUGACACACAAGGAAUACAUCGUCGUGCCUUGUAGCUCUGGUCCGUCUACAAGUACAGAUCUGGUGGACAAAGAGAGCGAAGAAGAAGAAGAACCGAAGACUUGUGCGAUUUGUUUGGAGAAUUUGUUGGAGUCGGGAUGCGAGGUUGAUCGAAUCUACCCUAUGCCUAAUUGCUUCCAUCUUUUUCAUGAAGAAUGUGUCAUCCAGUGGUUGAAUCGACAAAAAAACUCAUGCCCUCUCUGUCGCCAACCUGUUUACACGUAA